ACAAACAAAGCAGAGAAAGAAAGGUCCUUAAAAGAAAGAGAGAUUAUUAUAACGAAAAAGAAACAAAAAACAUCAUCACCAUAGCAGCGUGAUCCGAACAACGGCUUGUGUGUGAUAUUGAACGCUGCACCCAUCACCGCCACCACUGCUAUAUACAAGUCUCUUUUAGAUUAUUACAUCGAGCACGCAGUGCAUCAAUCGUGCAGUGUGUCCAUAUGUGUGUGUAUAAGUGUGUCUUUGAAAUCUCCUGCAGUUGAGUAUAACAUAAAUAUAUACAUACAAGUGCCGUGGAGGCCUCUUCUUCGAAUCUACUUUGUGACGUUCCACGAUCCAUAGAAAAGUUGAAAAACAAAAUAAAAAAGUUUCAAAAAUUCGCAGCCCCUCGAUUUUUCCACGGAUAAAAACGUCACUCUGGACUGCAUCCGAAUUUAUACGCCAACGUUAGUUAUAUUGACGUAACUUGUACAAGAGCAACAGAAGUGCAGCAACAACGAUCUCAUUCACCCAACACAGACGACUACGUAUAAAUACAUACGCGUACAGCAUAUUAUAUAUGUCAAAAAGACACGCGGUACAUAACAAGCACGCCUGCUUCCCCGUCCGGAUACCUACCUACGUGUAACUUGGAUCUUGUGAAGGAAGAAAAGUGAUCCAGCAAGAACUCACUCUCUACCCUGGCCAGGAAUAUACAUACAACCAGUGCUUGUGUUGAUUUGUUUUAUUUUAUUUUUAUUUUAUUUUAUUUUUUUUUUUUUUUAAUUUACCUGUUUUAAAUAUAUUACAUGUAUAUGGUGUAUAAAUAAUAUACACAUACAUAUACGCAUCACCAGCCGAGUUGGCUGGAAAAAGUGUGAGUUUUGCAAGAAGAAGAAGAAGAAAAAUCAGGGUUUCGCGGUGAGUGCGUUAAUUCUUUUGGUUAUAAUUAUACAGUGCACCGAAGAAACAGAGACACAGCCUUUCGACGCGUGUUUCUUUUAUUGUUGGUUUCGUUCCCCGACGUGCCGCGGUUAUUAUUGUUGUUCUCGUUGUUUGUUUUUGUAAGACGCGAAAAAAAAAAGUGUUGCGGCGAAUCGUUAUCAAAACAGCGUUAUCAGAAACAACAACAAAAAAAAAAAAAAGUGAACUGUACAUGUGAAUAAGCAGCAGUAGAAGUAAAGGAUUGAAAAAAAAGGAAAAAGUUCAGACACAGAUAGAGAGGAAGGGAGAGAAGGAAGGAAAGAAACACAGUGAUAGAGAGAGAGAGAGAGAGCACCUGAAGGAGAAGAGCCGCCGGUGCAGGGAACAGCGGGGGAUCAGGCCAAACUGGGGAAAUAUGAGCAUUGCUGCCCUUCUGCAGGCUGCUGAGUAUAUCGAACGAAGGGAUAGAGAAGCCGAACAUGGAUAUGCUUCAACGUUGCCGAUACCGGACGACAUACGGGUGGGCAGUAAGAGGCCAAAGACGAAAAAAUCCCAAGGAAGCAGGACGACGCAUAACGAGCUGGAAAAAAACAGGAGAGCUCAUCUCAGGAAUUGCCUCGAAAAGCUGAAAGGACUCGUGCCUCUGGGCCCAGAAACGUCAAGGCACACGACGCUUGGCCUCCUGACCAAGGCCAAACGCUUCAUCAAGGUGAGUCUUGACUUGUUCACAUUGUGCACGUGUCAUGUUUAUAAUAUUCAAUUCACCCCAUCGAGAAUUCGGGAUUACCCGUAG